AUGUCUGAAGAACAAAGUUUAAUUACUAAUUCUAUAGAUACACCAAAAAAUUGGAAAUGGAGAAUGUUCAAUAUUAUAAUGCUUGGAAUUGGAUUUUUAAUAAUAUAUAUAUCUUAUAAUACAACUGAAAACUUUAUGACUAGUUUAUAUGGUAAUUAUGGAAUGGUUUCUCUAUCAAUUAUUUAUUUUACUUUUGCAGUUAGUGGGUUUAUUGUUCCUUUGAUUCUCAGAAGAAUUGGAGAGCGUUGGUGUCUUAUUAUUGGAGGAUUUUGUAUUAUUCCAUUUUUAUUAGUAAAUAUAUUCCAAAAGAGUUAUCUAUUGAUUAUAUUUAGUUUCUUUGUAGGAUUUGGACAGAGUCUUACUUGGUGUGCACAAGGAAGUUUGUUAACUAGAUGUUCUAAACCAGAAAAAAGAGGUAGAAACUCUGGAAUAUUCUUUUUUGUUUAUCAACUGAAUCAAACACUUGGAAAUGGAUUUGCAUAUGUUAUGACUUUGUCUGGAUUAGAUUUAAAAUAUCUAUUUAUUAUUUUUUCUUCUCUUUGUCUUAUUGGUAUUAUUCCAUUUCUUUUCAUUAAAAUGAAUGUACUUCCAGAAAUAGAAAAGGUAAGUCUCAAAACAGAUUUAAGAAGUAUAAAAAAAGUUCUUGUUUCAAGGAAUUUAUUAUUGAUGCUACCUGUUUUUAUUUAUUCUGGUUUAAGUCAGUGUUAUAUUUAUGGAGAAGUAACAGCCAUGUUUGGGGUUGAAUAUGUUACUAUUGCAAUGUGUAUUUUUGGAACAACAAAUAUGAUUAUCUCAUUAAUUUUUGGAAAACUAGGUGAUACGAUAGGGAAAUUUAUUGUUUUAUCUAUUUCUGGAUUUGUUAUGGUUCUUGCACCAGUACCAAUACUCUUAUUUACUGCUAUAAUUUGUAUUGCAAUUUCAGAUGGUGGAUUUAAUACUCAAAUAGAUGCUUUACUUGGAAAAUAUUUCCAAUUUGAAAGUGAUGCUGCAUUUUCAAUAUUUUAUUCAGUUCAAAGCUUAAUCUCAGGACUUGGAUUUCCAUUAUUCAUUUUUCUGAUAAAAAUAGUACCAUGGGAACAGUGGUACCGUUUAUUACAAAGUAUCAUUUUGUUUAUAUUAAUACUUAUUUCAUUAGUUUCAGUAUUUAUCUUAGAGCAUAAAAAGUUUGAAACAAAGAAAUAA